GACGUAACGUUAGACUGGAACAGGAGGCUGAGAAAUAUACAUAUUUUUUCACAGCAACAACAAUAAUACAAUAAUAAUAAAACGGUUAAGUGAACGGUAGAAACGUAAAUUGGAAAGAGGAAAUAAAGAAGGCGGGGACAAACACGAGAUGAGAGAAAUAGAAAAUAUGAAUCCUAAAGCAAAAUUAUAAUAGCUGGCUAACAAGCUACUGUAAUAGCAAGGUACCUAUCCAGCUACUAAUAGCUAGCUAGCUACUAUUAGCCAGUAAUAUUAAUAUCAAACAGGUUAGCAAGCUACUGACAACAUCGGUUGAAUUGUAUCUAGCUAGCUAGCUCCACUGCAGAAGGAAUAACCAUCUUUCUGGCUUGGUGCGUUGAGAAAAGGAGGGUUGCUUUCCCCCCUGAAGCAGCGGCCUCGAGUUGUCAACGGACCCGACAAUGAUUCUAUAUUUGUUGUCUUCCUGGAAGUCUUGAUUGCCUUAAAGAAAGUCGAAGAUACCAGCGAACUAGUGUCAACCAAUCCACGGCUCUUCCCCUGCACAUCUACCCCUCUCCCCUGACCUCCCCUCCCUUAAUCUGUCCCUUCAGUUGGCUUGCGUGUUGCAAUCAGCUGGUGGCCAUAGCGUGAUCUCGGAAGUCGGUAAGUUAAGAUCUGCAGACCAGCGGCAACCGAAUGAUCUCUUGUGCCGGGUAAAUUACUCCAAUGAGUGGAGCUGCCCCACGCCGCUGGGCACCUGCGUCCCUCGCUGCCGUACUCCCCGAGGCUUCAUUGAAACUCCAGUGAUUUUCGCCGCCUUUCGGUUUUGAAGGUACCAUGAAUGGCUCUCUGUUGACCCCUCCUAGCCCGCGGGCGUCCAAUCCCAAUCCCUCCCCCCUGCCGCCCUCCCCACCCCACCCCUCCUCCUCUCUGUCGGACACCCCCACCCCCUCCCCCUCCCCGUCGCUCAGCUGGACGGACUUCUGUGAGCUCCACGCCCGGGCUGCGGCCGGCCAGUUCGCCCGGCACUUCCGCGCCUUCCUGCUGGAGAACCCGCGCUACUCGCCCGGCUCCGCCUCGGCCUUCUGCCGCCGCUUCACUGACCGCUUCGCCCGGCACUUCCAGGGUGAGUUGGGGGCCGGCGCCCUGGGCCCCGAGGCGGCCGUCUGGGUGCCCAACUCCGACGCCACCUCCCUGGAGGAGGAGGAGCCUCCGGCGGCCCUGGGCCCGGACGCGGGGGCCACUCCCUGCGCGGGGUCGCGCGAGCCCGCCGCCGGCUUCCAGGACGCCUACGCCCCAGCCCAGACCCUGCCCCAGUCCUCCUCCUCCUCCUGCUCGUCGUCCGUGGGCGGAAACAACGGGAGGCGCGAGGAGCCGGCCCAGGCGCUGGGGCGCUGCCCGACGGGAGAGCAGGGCCCGGCCCAGGACCCCCAGGAGCCCGGCGAGGACGGCGGGCGGAGCUGGACGGCGGCCAGCGCGCUGAAGGGGAACGGCGCGGCGGCCAAGGCCAAGGCCAAGAAGCGGUUCUCGCUGCGCAGCGUGGGCCGCAGCGUGCGCGGCAGCGUGCGCGGGAUCCUGCAGUGGCGCAGCUCCUCUGGGGACAGCCCCUCCUCCGCCUACGGCCAGGACGGCAAGAGAGCGCCCGCCUCCCUGCCCGUCUCCCUCUCGCUGCCACUCGCCCUGCCACACUCCUCCUCCUCCUCCCUGCCGCCCUCCUCCUCCAGCAGUGCCGCCUCUCUGCCCCUCUCCGAAGAGAGGGAGCGCUGGAGCAGGCGGCUGGAGAAGCUUCGGCUCUCCCGCUCCCCCCCGCCCCUGCUGCCGGCCCCCGCCUCCUCGUCCUCGUCCUCCCUCCUCUCCCCGUCGGCCGGCCUGCCCCCCAGCUGCCCCGGGGCCGCGCGGAGGCCCGGCAGGCUGGUUCGGGAGGGCGGGGUGACGGUCAGUUCCUCCUCAGACGGGUUCUCCGGGGCGGCCGGUUUCCCCGGCUUCUCCUUCGGACUGUACCACCUCAACCACAGCGCAGACGACAGCAGCGCCCCUCAGGCGGCCCCUCCGGCCACAGGGGGCGCUGUGGGCUGGCGCGGAGGCCGCUGGCAGAAGUGCCGCCUGGUUCUGAGGGCCAGGGAGAAGGAGGGAGGAGAGAGAGGGGAGGAAUACUUCUUGGAGCUUUUCAUCCCGCCCAAGUCCUCCAAGCCCAGGCUCGCUAUCCCAUGCUGCUCCAUUCUAGACGUGAGGAGCACUACCGCCCUGGAGGUGCCAGACAAAGAGAACACUUUCCUGCUCCAGGUAGAGGGGCCCGUGCAGUAUGUGAUCGAGACAAGAGAUGCAGUACAGAUGAGGGCCUGGCUGAGUGACAUCAGGAACGGCAUAUGCCUGAGUGAGCAGGAGGACAUCGAGGGGGUGUGCGGCGGGAUCCAGACGGACAUCAGCGGGACCCCAGAGUUCGGUGACCGCCUCUCACAAGUGUGUUAUGGGGGUGUCAGUGGCUCCUCGCCACUGCUAGAACCCCUCCCCCCGGAGUUGCCUCCCCGAGCCCCCCUCGACGAAUCAGAGAGCCGACUUUUAGGUGGAGGCGGGGCGAGUCUGGGCACGCCCUUUGCAGAGACCCCUGAUGCCACAGGGUCGUUCCUGUUUUCGGAUGUGGGUGUGCCCCUGACGGAGACUGUGGAGCACCCGCUGAGUGAGUGCCAGUGGUUCCACGGUACCCUGUCCCGGCUGAAGGCAGCUCAGCUGGUGCUGGCAGGCGGGACGGCCAGCCACGGCGUGUUCCUGGUACGACAGAGCGAAACACGCCGCGGAGAGUACGUCCUGACCUUCAACUUCCAGGGCAAGGCCAAGCACCUGCGGCUCUCCCUGAACGAGGAUGGCCAGUGCCGGGUCCAGCACCUCUGGUUCCAGUCCAUCUUCGACAUGCUGGAGCACUUCCGGGUGCACCCCAUUCCUCUGGAGUCCGGGGGGGCCUCAGACGUCACCCUCAUUAGCUUUGUGGGGGCCACCGCAGUACGCCAGCCAGGCCGGGACAGGGCAGGCAGCCGGCCCACAGUCUGUGAUGUCAUCACCCCGCGCCACCCCGACUCUCCAUCAACACCCAUCUCUGACUGUGUACUUGACCAGCAGACCCCGUAGUCCCCCCCAGCCUCCCCCUCCGCCCCUGCCCCCCGGGCGCCCGCCGCCCCCCACCCCGCCCCAAGACAGAGCGAGCGAGACGGAGGACUGCGAGGAGCGGGAGCCCCUGCG